AUGGCCUUCUUCCCCGCCAAUUUUAUGCUGCAAACUCAUAAUGAAGAUGAACAUCGACCCUCCACUUCUCUCAAUCCAAUUCUUCCCCAUUGCAACCCUCAAGACUUCCAUGGUGUAGUUUCACUUAUGGGGAAGAGAUCGUCGGUGUUUUCCGAUGCUUGUGAAGAUAAUCACGGGGAGGAUGAUUUGUCGGACGACGGAUCACAACUGGGAGAGAAGAAGAGGAGGCUUAACAUGGAUCAAGUGAAGACACUCGAGAAGAAUUUUGAGUUGGCGAAUAAGCUCGAGCCUGAGAGGAAAAGGCAGCUGGCUCGGGCUUUAGGCCUGCAACCGAGGCAGAUUGCGAUAUGGUUCCAAAACAGGAGGGCAAGGUGGAAGACGAAGCAAUUGGAGAAAGAUUAUGAAGUUCUUAAGAGACAAUUUGAUGCUGUUAAAACAGAUAAUAAUGCCCUACAAGCACAAAAUCAAAAACUUCAAGCUGAGGUACGUAAAAUUUCUAGCAUAUUCUGGCAUAAAAAUGUUUGUGUGUGUGUAGCAUUGGAUCCAAAAUCAUAA